AUGGCACAGAAAGAGAACCAAAAUCCGAUUUACCCGAUCGGAACUCGCGCCGAGAGUGAGCGUCUGGUACGCGAGUGGGGUUUUGGACAUGUCUUCACUUGGUCAGAUGGGAGUAAUGCCUACUACUCUCCUCAUACGCACGGCGGCCUAACCACUCAUCUUAUCCGACAUGGCUCAAUGACGGUGACCUAUCCAGAAGACAACGCCAAAAAUGGCAAAACCGUGAAAGAGACCUUCGGCAUUGGCGCCAGAGUGGACGUGCCGGCAGGAAAGGUUCAUGAAGUAUGGAUCGGGGAAAAAGGAUGUGAAUAUGUGAUUGGAGAAUAG